CGGACCCGGCCAUGAGCGGAGCGGCGGAGGCGCGGGAGCUGGAAGAGCGGCUGCGAGAGGCGGCGGCCCUGGGGGACGUGGCGGAGGUGCGGCGGCUGCUGGGCGCGGGGGCGGACAUCGACUCCCGCAACGAGAUCAAUGGCUGGACCUGCCUGCACUGGGCCUGUAAGCGGAACCAUGCCCAAGUGGUGUCCUGCCUGCUGGAGGCUGGCGCAGACAAGCACAUCCUCACUGCUGAGGGAGAGCUGGCAGCACAGCUAACGUCGAAACCAGACAUCCGCAAGAUUUUGGGAGAGGAACACACUGAAUGUCAAGGAGUGAAGGAUUUAAAUUUAUCCAUUGUUGCGAACUACUUGGCCAACCCAUUCCCUAACAUUUACACCGAAGAAAGCAUUCCAGGCAGCUUGGCAGAAUCCCAGAGUGAAAGUGCUUCCAUCUCUUCUGCUUCCCAGAGUGAAAGUAGCCCUUGUCCAUCAACAACUCAGGCUGAGAGGAUCUGCAUACCCACGUCGUGCAGCAGCGGCGAGAUUUCCCCAGCAGCGGAUGCAGCAGCCCGGCCACCCCCCGUGCCCACCGUCCCUGCAGCCGCAGCGUGUGCCAGCCCAGGGGUGCCCCACGGCCCCGGCUGCCCCCCGGCCACGACCCCCAGCCUGGGGCGCUGCUCCCCAGGAGUAUCCCGCCAGGCCUUGCCUCUGCAGCCUCACACCUCCCCCAGCAGCCCCACGCCCACCUUCCAGCCCUUCUUCUUCACUGGAACAUUCCCAUAUAACAUGCAAGAACUUGUACUUAAGGUCAGAGUUCAGAACCUGAGAGACAAUGACUUCAUUGAGAUUGAACUGGACAGACAAGAAUUGACCUACCAAGAUCUGCUCAGAGUGAGCUGCUGUGAACUGGGUGUUAAUCCAGAGGAAGUAGAGAAGAUCAGAAAACUACCCAAUACACUUCUAAGAAAGGACAAGGAUGUUGCCAGACUCCAGGACUUCCAAGAGCUGGAGCUGGUCCUGACGAGAAGUGACAGCUCUCCUUUCCGGAACGCUGCGGCUGCGCUGAUGGAGCAGCCGUGCUUCAACAGCAGAGCAUCCAAGCUGACCUACUGACCCUGGCAGCUGCAUCUGCAGUGGGAACACCUGCCAGUGACAUGUGCUGCCCUUUGGAAGGCAGUGACUUAAGUCUGUGUAAAACCUUAAGUUAUUAUUAGGGUUACUAUUUUAACUAAUAUUUUAUAUUUAAUAUCCUGUUUGCUUUUAUUUUUUUACUUGAUACUGUAUUCAGGCAAGAGAUACCUCAUUUGUCCAGGAAAAUCACAGGUUUCCAGUGUAUUUGAAGUUUAUUGGUUGUAUCUGGCAGUGCAGGGCACGAAAGAUGUAAAUUAUUGAUAUGAAAAUUUUGUUAAGUACACCCACUCUGACCAAGUAAGACUCAUAGAAAGAUUCAGGACAUUGUAUGUCUCUGUGUGUACUUCCACAUUAAAUUAGAUGAAAGAGAUACAUAAUGGAUAGUUGCUCUCUAAAAAUGUGAAUGUGCAAGUCCUUAAUCUCUUGCCCCUCACAAACACUCACCAGGAUGGUUUGUCUAGAGAUACUUAAUGCUGAGAAGUGGCAGGAGAAAUCCUUUUACUGGGCUGAAAAUAACUGGAAUAAGCACAUCUGUACUUAAAUGUUUAUUUCCCCUGUGAGAAUAUUGUACCUCCACCAAAAAUUAUGAAAGCCUCUCUUAAAUGUUCCUAUUGAGAGUCCUUUCAAGAGAAAGCCUUUGUUUCAGAUGGGGAGGGACCCCCAAUCUGUGUCCGUGGUUUUAUUUACUUACCGAUGUGAGCCUGUGCAUUACUCACACCAGGUGUCAGUAUUGUCCAGACAGGAAAGCUCUGUGUGGCCCUCCCUUGUACACCAGUUCCAAGGGAGA